UUGCAGAUGCACAUCAUUAGAGUUAGCUGUGUGGGCGAUAAAAACAGAACGGGCAUUCCCUCUUCAUCUGUGUCAUUUGCUCAGUCCAUGUUGACAUUUGGCCAGUCAGUACUGUCAUUUAGUCAGUCAGUGUUGACAUUUAGCCAGUCAGUGUUGUGAUAUACUUCAGCGAGAAGAUUUAGUCAGGAGUUCAGGGAGUCACGUGACAAGAACAACCGAGACCAUGACGGCUUGUUGUGGUCUCACGACAUUUUGUGUCCUGGUCCUGGGGGCUGGGCUGGUCCAGCCGGUGACGUCAUUGUCUUGCGAUGGGAAGGGGCCGUGCAGGUGUGUCUUCAGUGACGGCUCUGGAACUGUUGACGUCAGCAGUCUGGGGAAACAGGACGGCACCGCUGGGUUCCCAGACGUGUUCUCCGCCUUUGACCGCAACACCUACUCCUACAACCCGUGUUUUGAGUUCAGCGUUGGCGGGUGUCCAAACGCGGCGGCGUGUAAAAAAGUCGGAUCGGACUACUCUUUGAUGGGCAAGCAGACGACAGCCGUGUGGUCCUACACUGGCUUCUACCCCAUGGUGACGUACACCACAUCAGACGGCAAAAAAACGGAAGUGAUGUUUAUCUGUGACGCGGCUAAAACAACUCCACAGCUUGAUGUUAUAGGGGAAGUCACUCCAGGGACACUGUCUAUGAAUUUAUGGUCCAACUGCGCAUGUGCAAACACUUGCAAAAGAACAGAUCCGAUUCCAGAUGGUUCUUCCUUGACCCCUGGAUCUAUCAUGCUCAUUAUAUUUUUUGUCCUGCUAUUUGUGUACUUCUCCGGGGGAAUGAUGGUGAACUAUGUCAGAACUAAGGGCACGGGGAGAGAACUGGUCCCUAACCUGAGUUUUUGGUCUCUAUUGCCUGGUCUUAUAGCGGAUGGUUUUAAAUUCAGCGUAAGCUGUGUCAGACCUACAAAAGUAAACUACCAAUCGAUUUGAUGAAGUUGAUGGGUUUAAUUCACCAAACAUUCAAACAUAUACAUUGUUGAGUGGCGUGACAUGAUCACGUGAUGAAGCAUGACUGGUCGGAUUUCUAAAGUAUAAACUGAUCUGUUGAUUUAAAAAAAUAAUCUGGCAACAUUUAGAAACUGCGAAUAUG